UUCUUAAUUGUUGAUUGAAAACCUUGUGAAAUUACAAUGCAUGCGACAAGGUAUGCGAUCGUAACAGGUGCGAACAAAGGAAUUGGAUUGGAAAUAUGCAGACAGUUGAUUUCCAAUGGCAUAACUGUGAUUCUGACUGCUAGAGAUGAGAAAAGAGGAGUCGAAGCUGUUGAGAACCUGCUUAAAGAGAGUAAUUAUGGAAAUGAUGAACUCGUCAUCUUCCAUCAGCUUGAUGUUACAGAUCCGUCUACUAUUCCUAUCCUUGUUGAUUUCGUCGGAUCUAAGUUCGGAAAGCUUGAUAUAUUGGUGAACAAUGCUGGAAUAGGAGGAACAUCAAGUAAUGCCGAUGCAAUGAAAGCUGCUGCUGCUUUGCCUGGAGGAGUUCAAGCCAAUUUUAGGAAAGCAAUGAUUGAGACUUAUGAAUUGGCUGAUGAAUGCAUUCAGAUAAAUUACUAUGGUGCAAAAAGGAUGAUUGAAGCAUUUAUUCCACUCCUCGAGCUUUCUGAUUCACCAAGGAUUGUCAAUGUCUCUUCUUCCUUGGGAAAACUCAAGAACAUACCCAACGAACGGGCUAAAGGAGUGCUAAAUGGUAUGGAGAGCCGAACAAAUGAAAGAAUAGAUGAUGUGUUAAGUGAGUUCCUAAAAGAUUUUAAAGAGGAAAGGUUGGAAGAUAAGGGAUGGCCUGAUUUUAUGGGUGCCUAUAUCUUAUCCAAAGCUGCCAUGAAUGCUUACACUAGGCUUGUAGCCAAGAAGUUUCCUAACAUUCUCGUGAAUUCUGUUUGCCCUGGUGUAGUGAAGACCGACAUGAACCAUAACAUGGGUAUAUUGUCUGUGGAAGAAGGUGCUGCUAGUCCGGUUAGACUGGCUUUGUUGCCUAAAGAUGGGCCUUCUGGGACUUACUUUGAGAGGAGUGAAAUCUCUUCUUUUGUUGAGUAAAA